AGGAUGUCUUCACUGAUGGACGCCUGCUGGAGGUAACCACAACACACUACAGCCAUUUGCUUCACCCUGGAGUGGACAUGGUCCAUUGGGCCACACAUUUAGUGACAUGUGUCUGGAUACAGGCUCUAAUGUCUUCCGCAUUGGACACUUGUCCCCCAACGGCCCCUAUUUCUGUGGACUUCUCAGUGCCAUAUCCCAUGCCUUACUAUCAGACUCGCAACCCCAUCCAGAACAUAGUGACCAACUCCUUUUACAAAGAGGUCUACGUGGCCUCUCAGAACAUUAUUGAGGCACUUAACAACUCUUUGGAUAAACUCUGGGAGCUCCGUACGGGACCCGUGGGCAGCCCGGAGUGUGAGAUAUGCGAUUUGUGUGAUAUUGAUAGAGAUCCUUUUCAUGAGGACACAGACAAUGAGGUAUUGCUCCUUGACACGUUCUUGAUGUACUUGUACUCGUGUGGAAGUACCCAAUAUGGGGUUUGCUAUUUCCAUCAGCUCCGCGAGAAUGGAAAUCCUCCGGGGCCUUCGAAGUGUUUAUUCCGGAAGAAGUUCAACUCUCCGCAGUUUUGUCCGGAUUGUAUAGCUAGUCCCUUCGGAACAAAAGUCUCCAUGGUGGAGGAGGGUCAAACGGUGUACUUUUUUGUGGCGGCGACGGUGAAUAAUAGUGUGACUCAGAAAUAUGGACGCAUGUCCAUUUCUGUACGCCGACCAGUCGCGACGGAGGAUGGUUUUUACACUGAUGUCAGAGGACUGACAGUGUUGCCUGCUCUACAGCAGACAUAUGGCAUUGAGUACGUCUACAGCUUUUACACACAGGACUUUGUCUACUUCUUGUCCGUCCAGCGAGAGAAAACAAAUUUGGACUCUUCACCCUUUCAGACAAGACUCGGCCGUCUGCCACGUCAUGAAUGGGAGAUGCGGCGUUAUCGUGAAAUUGUUUUAGAGUGUCGCUUCGAGCCCAAAAGGCGAAGGAGAAGCAAUGUCAGCGAACCCUUUAAAGAUGUGGUCUACAAUGUAGUUCAAGCAGCCCACUUUGGCAAGGCCGGACGGGAGCUUGCAGAUGAGCUGGGUGCUGAAGAAGAGGAUGAUAUCUUGUAUGGCGUGUUUGCUGUAACUGAUGACUCAGGUGUUCCUGAACAUGAUUCAGCACUUUGUGCAUUUCCGAUGGAUACAGUAAACACGGCAAUAGACGAUGGAGUGGAGGACUGCUGCAAGUCAGGACCAGAGCAGCUUUCCAGAGGCCUUUGCCAUUUUCAGCCGUGUGAAAGCUGCCCACAUGAGAGCAUGGAGCACAACAUGACAUGCAGAGAUCAUCCCACGCUGGUGGCUCAGCCGUACUACAGAGUCGACCUGUUCAACAGACAGAUGAGAGGAGUCCUGCUCACCUCAUUGCUAGUCACCAGCAUCGAGAACAAGACAGUGGCUCAUAUAGGCACCUCAGACGGGAGACUGCUGCAGCUCGUCCUGAGAAGGUCCAGCCCCAUUAUCUUUGCUAAUUACUCACUUGUAGAGAACCAGAAAGUGUCGUCUACUGCAGCAGUUCUCUCUCAAAACCAUCUACUGUUUGUGGUUGGAGAUAAGAUGAUUCGGGUUCCUCAGAGGGGUCCAGGAUGUCGGCACUUCCUAACAUGUGCCAUGUGCUUGACUGCACCCAAGUUUAUGGGAUGUGGCUGGUGCUCGGGUCAGUGCACAUGGGCUUCUGAGUGCAGGGCACACUGGGUAAAUGAAUCGUGUCCACCUGUCAUCACAGAGUUUUUCCCCAAGACAGCUCCCCCUGAUGGUCAGAGUGAGUUGACUCUGUGUGGAUGGGAGUUUCAGUCACCUCUUCGACCCGCCAUCUCCACCAGAACUCACGAGGUGAAGCUGGGUGAAACCGCCUGUGUGGUCCAGCCACACAAAAGCAACUGCACACACUUGUUGUGUAAGAUCCGCUCUGGAACAACAGAGACACUUUUUAAGCCACUGAACGUCACAGCUAAAGUGCAUGAGGGUCAGGUGGAGGGCCACUACUCUAUUGACGGAAGUGCUGAGAUGCCUGGAUUCACCUUUGUGGUUCCAAACAUCACUGAGGUUCAGCCAGACUAUGGGCCAGUGGACGGAGGGACUCUUAUCACCAUCACAGGGCCUUAUCUGGAUUCUGGGAAGAACAGGAAAGUCACUCUUGAUGGAGAAUCAUGUCCAGUUCAAAGUGUAUCUGUGGCCAGAGGAAACCUGUCCUCCAUCGUGUGUCUCUCUCAGCCCGUGACAGAGGUGAAAGAUGUGGUGCUGCGUGUCUACAUCGAUAAGUCCCGUGUCAUGACCACUAAAGUCUUCCGCUACAAAAAGACUCCAGAAAUUCUUGCAGUGCUGCCCGACUGCAGCUUUGACAGUGGGUCACGGAUCAUAAUUGAAGGCCGGAAUCUGGACUCCGUCUACAGAACUGUGGUCUACUUUAAGCCAAAAGAAAGCCACCUCAAACCGGUUUCCACUGAGUGCAGAGGUAAAGCCAAGCCCACCCGUAUGGAGUGCAUCACCCCUGUCUUCCCUCGAGAUGAGACAGAAGAGGGCGAGCUUUCGUUUGAUAUGGACGGAGUGCUUGGUCUCUGGAAACAUGACUUCUCCUAUCACCCCUAUGGCAAACCCAUCCCAUUCGAGACUGAAGGGCACAUACUGAGACUCUACCCAGGCUUUGAUGAAGUGUCCUUACAUCACCAGAAGUUGAACCUUGUGAGUUCCUGCAUGUCAAUCACGAUGACGGUGGGCGACGUUGACUGUGGUGGUAAAGUUUUGGAUAAUGAGAUCACAUGCAGGAUCCCUAAUAAUCUCACCAUUCCCAGUGAGGGUUUACCUGUAAAGGUAACGGUGAAUGGGUACACGCAUAAUGUCGGCACUGUUAUCUUGGUCAGUAACCACUAUAUGGUGGGCAUUGUGCUCGGCAUACUGGCAGCUCUAGUGACGGGUGCAGUUCUGGCCUUCAUUGUGCUGAAAAACCUGAGGAAACAGAAAAAAGCUUCGCAGACAGAAAAUCGGCUCUCUUAUUUUUCCCACAGUCGCUCACGAAAUAAUAGCGUGGAUUUGAGUUCCUUAGUAGACUACAGACGGGAUCUGCCUCUCACCAGCAUCACUGCACCCACUGGGGCCGUGGCAUUCCCGGGCCUGGCCUACACAGGCACCCUAGACACCACCCUGACUCCUCUCAUGCCCCCAGAGAAGAUCUCUAUCACCAGCUUCCGCCCUGAGCUGCUGGAGGAGGUGAAGGACGUGCUGAUUCCAGCCUCCACACUCAAAGUUCACCACCACCAGAUCAUCGGAAAAGGACACUUUGGGACAGUUUACCACGGUUACCUCACUGACCACAACAACCGAGAAAUCCACUGUGCUGUGAAGUCUCUUAACAGAAUAACAGAUGUGGAAGAGGUGGAGCAGUUUCUAAAAGAGGGCAUCCUGAUGAAGGGCUUUCAUCACAGUAAUGUUCUCUCUUUGCUGGGCAUUCUGCUCCCAGAAGAGGGACUUCCUUUGGUGGUCUUACCUUAUAUGAAACACGGAGACUUGCGUCACUUCAUUCGCUGUGAGAAUAGGAAUCCCACAGUUAAGGAUUUAAUAGGCUUCGGGCUUCAAGUUGCUAAAGGAAUGGAGUAUCUGGCACAAAAGAAGUUCGUACACCGGGAUCUGGCAGCACGCAAUUGCAUGCUUGAUGAAUCCUACACAGUAAAGGUUGCAGAUUUUGGCAUGGCCCGAGAUGUGCUGGAGAAGGAGUACUACAGCGUCCAGGAUCACAGGAAAGCCAAAUUACCCGUCAAAUGGAUGGCCAUCGAAAGCCUUCAGACGCAGAAGUUCACCACCAAGUCAGAUGUGUGGUCUUUUGGGGUUUUAAUGUGGGAGAUGCUAACAAGAGGAGCCAGUCCAUAUCCUGAAGUCGACCCAUACGAUGUUACUCAUUACCUCCUGAAGGGACGACGACUGCCUCAACCACAGUAUUGUCCAGAUCCACUGUUUGCCAUUAUGCUUCAGUGCUGGGACCCUGACCCUGAGAAGAGGCCGAGCUUCUCCACACUUGUGUCUGCAGUGAUGAGUAUUCUGUCCAGUCUUGAGGGAGAGCACUACAUCAGCCUGAAGGUGACAUACGUCAACCUGGACCAACCCCGUCCUUACCCUGCCCUAACAGACUCUGCCGAUGAAUACGAUUCGUCAGAUGACAAUGAACCAGGCUCAGUAUCAAGCUGAUGAUCUAACUUAUGUGAUACCCACUAAGCGACCUAACGCAUUUUUUCUAAGCUACUUUUAAUAUGUAGACAUGCACUAAAUAGACGCAUUUGUCCAUUGCGGCUAUCACAGCGUCUCGUGCUCGACACAGUAUUUUAAAAACGCAGCACUCAGUGUACAUUUACAUGAAAACAUUGGACUAAAAAUGUGUGUGUAUGAUAACAGCAUUGUUAUUAAACACUAAAACAUAAAAAAAACAGUAAAACACUGCAUUAUGCAGCCAGGCCAGUAGGUGGCAAUGUCAUUUUGUAAAGAAACUUUGUGCCUGUGGACAUAUGGUCCUGUAAUUCGCCAUUGUUGUUUUGUGGUUGUCAAAUACUCAUGCAUGUCAAUAGACUUAAGCCUCAUUCAGACUACAUGAUUUUUAUUGUCGGUUACGUCAGAUUAUGUUAUUUUGUUUAGAUAAAAUCUUGACAUGUUGUGGGUACAAAAUGUGUCAGGCUACACGUUGCUUCAUGAGUAUUAUCAAAUGAUGUCUACAUCUGCCAUCAAGAUUUGCACACAUUACAAAUGUCUCAAGUGUUUCCCACAGACUGCAUUUUCCCUCAUAUACUGUAAAUGUGUGUUUUCUGAACAAAAACAUUAGAUAAGUAGCCUUCAGGCCCGUGCACACGGGACGUUUUUUGCUCGUGUUUUCCAUCAACGUUUAAUGCCUCGUGACAAAAUAAAGGGCGUCAAUGUGAUUGUGCACCCCAACGUGCAAAACAGCAGGCGCAAAACCGUCAUUUAAAAAAAAAAAACGGCUUAUGCUCGUUUUUUU